UAAACCUAGCUAUUAUUUCAAAUAUGUCUAGAGUUUACUCAAACCUAAGAACAAUUAAAAUUUCGAAUUAUGUAAGUCCAAGAAGAGAAACAUUCACUUUGUGGAUGAAAUCUCUAGUGUACCAUGGAAAUGGAUGUACUGUUUAUGACUCAAAUGGACAAAUUGUUUAUAGAAUUGACAAUUACAAUAUUAAACGUAGCAAAGAAGUUCAUCUUAUGGAUUGCAAUGGCAAAGUUCUCUUCUCUAUUCGAAAUAGGAAAGUUCCGGUAUUUGGACAUUGGGAUGGCUAUAAAUGGAGUUAUGAUGGAGUUACUAGUAAAGAAAUACCAUGGUUUCAAGUGAAGAAAAUUCACAAUGUUCUUAGAGGAGAUAAUGUGAACUAUUAUAAUGUUAUAUUGGGAUGUAAUUCUGAAGCAAGUUGUUAUAACAUUAUUAUCCUUGCCACAAAAUCUAUCAAGAUUGUGGACCAACAUGGUGGACUUGUCGCAGAGGUAAAACAAAAACAAGCAAGUUCAGGAGUAUUAUUUGGAGAUGAUGUGUUAACAUUGGUGGUGGAACCUCAUGUUGAUCAAUCAUUAGUUAUGGCUCUUGUAACUGUUUGUGGUUUAAUCCAUCAUAGAAUUUGA